AUAUAUGGAAGCUCCACCUAUAACUGAAGAAGAAUUAAAUUAGUUAUAUAAUUGGAUAGACACUAUUCCAUUAACUAGAUCAAAAAAAAACAUAACAAGAGAUUUUGCAGAUGGAUGUAUGAUGGCAGAAAUAAUAUAGCAUUAUUUACCAAAAUUAGUUGAUGUCCAUAAUUAUUCACAGGCACACUCAAUAACUUAAAAAAUGUAUAAUUGGAAUACAUUAAAUUGUAACAAAAAUAAAUAAAAAAAUUAUAUGUAUAUUUAUAUUAUAAUAGAAAGAGUAUUUAGAAAAAUGGGAUUCUAAAUAUCUAAUAUUGAUAUUGAAAGUAUAAUAAAUUCAACUCCUAAUGCGAUUGAAAGAGUAUUGAAAGUAGUUUAAAUAAAAAUUGAAAAAUAUAUUCAAGAAUAAAAAAAAAGAAAAGAACAAGAAUCAUUUGUAUAGUAAAAAUAAUAGUAAAAUGUAUUUUAAAACUAAUAAAAUUAAGGAGAAUUAAUUUUUAAACUUUAAGAAAAGGAUAAGUCUAAUUAAGAACUUAAAGAAACUAUUGAAAUAUUAGAAUUAAAAGUAAAAAAAAUGGAUUAACUUGUCAAAUUAAAAGAUAGUAAAAUUUAAAAUUUAAUUAAUAAGCUUUCAGUUGCAGGUCUUUAAUGA